CUUGAACAACAGAGGCCUAUACCACUUCUUGAGGGCUUGCUUGACGUCGAGGGCCGCCUGUAUAGCUCUCAUGCUUCUUACUGAAUCUCGCCUAAAGGACGCUGCACUUCCAAUCCUGGUCUAGUGCCACGAUUUCCCUCACUCUCUUUAUAACAGGAUCUACGAGGGCGAUACAGGCGUUUCGCGUAUAGAUUAGAAGGAGUGCUCCGUCCAGAGUGAUCAAACGGCUUCCUCGAGUGCACCGUGUACACGUGCCGUACGAUGUAUCGGCAUUCUUACAUGGUACUUUUCCCUUCUCAGCCACAAUUGCAGUCGCCUUCCGUGCGAUCAUCGAUAAAUGGCCCCUCGUCAGGUUUACCCGCAUGGUCGUGAAUCCCCCGCGAGGUCCUCAGUUCGAUACGGUCGAUCGUCGACCGCUUGCCAAACUAGAUGCUCAACGCGAUCUUCCUCAUGUGUGGGAAUCGAGCCUCGCGUCCCAUUUCCAACGCGAUCCAGUCAUGCACGACUUUGGUAUGAACCCUCUCGAGGUGAAGCUAUGCAGCAAGACCGCAGUCAUUCUCGGACACGUCUGCUUGCGAUGGUUCGAGGCUACCCACGGCUGCCCUGCUCUCUGUUUCAUGGUCGGCGUCGACUAUCCGAGGAGGGAAGCCACAUAUGCCCUCGAACGCCGCUUGAAGUACUGCGCCGAACUUCUUUUCACAACGCUUGAAAUGGCGUGCAUACACGUUCAUCGGCAGGCUGCUGAAGAGUAUGACGAGGAUACGAAGCUAUGCCGGCUUUUCUCACCUCCCCGAAGUUGCGCUGCGCGAAGCUGACGCGGACGCAGUAUACACGGC